AUGGCAGAUGGUACCUACAGGUUCCAGCAGCCUGGGGCCGGGCAGUUCUACUUCCAAACUCAAGCGCAACAGAACCCUCACCAGCGACACAUCGUUCGAAACGGGACCAAUUCUCCGACGGGGAGACUGAAAUUCAACCCCGACACCCCCUCCCCCUCCCGUUCCCCUGCCCUGAACCCAGCUGCUGCUCUCGGUUCUUUCAACAUGUAUGGCCAAACUCACCAGGGUCAGCAUGUCAUGAUGAAUGGCGGUCAAGCCCACCAGCGGUUUGGCAUGCAGAUCCCAAAGUUCCAAUCGCAAACCCACCACUCCCAUCACGCACAGCAGCCGCACCACCAUGCCCACCACACACAAGCCACUCACAACCUCACCCACCAACACAAUUUUGCCGGCGGCGCGCUGGCAUCUACUACGACCUCCCACUUCACUUCUACUCAUUUGCAGAAUGGUGUACCGACCGCCGUUGACGAUGACAUGGACGAAUCGAUGAACGAGCACUGGCAACAACAACUCCAGCUGGCAGCUGAGUCGAGACAGGCCACUUCCCCGCAUUACUACGCCCGCGUCAUUGCGCAACAGUCGAAAGGGAUCCAGAUCAUGAGUCAGAAUGAGGAGAAUGGAGCAGAAGGGCGUAAUGGUGCAUCUGGGUCCAAGCCAUCCAGUCGACAAGGCUGGAAUGCGCUUGAUUUCGGUGGCCAAGGACUGCGCGCUUUGACUACAUCUCUGUUCAGCUAUGACUUCAUUGAGAAGCUAUAUCUCAACUCCAACAAGCUUAAGACGCUGCCUUCGGCGAUAGGACAACUUCGGAAGCUGAGCCACCUGGACCUCUCGGGCAAUGACUUGACAGAACUGCCAGAAGAGAUUGGUAUGCUUUCAAAUCUGAAGAAGCUAUAUCUCUUUGACAACAACAUUCGCAACCUUCCCUACGAGAUGGGCUAUUUAUACAGACUAGAUACUCUGGGUGUUGAGGGCAACCCCCUCAACGAUGUUCUCAAGUCCCAGAUCAUGAAAGAUGGUACAAAGGCGCUCAUCAAGUACCUAAAGGAAGAGAUGCCAGUUCACCUCCCUCCCCCCGACCGUGAUUGGGUCAUUCUUGACGAAACCUCUAGCUCGAGCAACAGUCCCACGGAAAAGAUCACCGUUCUGUCAUACAACACCCUGUGCGACUCCUCUGCUACUCAAUCGCACUACGGCUACGUCCCCUCCCGCGUGCUGGCCUGGGAGUACCGCCGCGAGCUCAUCAUCAACGAAUUACGAUCCCACAGCUCCGACAUCAUCUGCCUUCAAGAGGUUGACCAGGGAAGCUACAACAAUUACUUCCGAGAACAGCUUGCCUACAAUGAUUACAAGGGUGUCUAUUGGCCAAGAGGACGUGCAAUGGGAAUGCAGGAGGAAGAUGCACGGUCGGUCGAUGGCUGUGCUACUUUCUUCAAGGGAAGCAAGUACAUCCUGCUGGACAAGCAAUUGAUCAACUUUGGUCAGACAGCUGUCCGACGUCCUGAUGCCAAGGGUCAAGAUGAUAUCUACAACCGACUGUGGCAGAAGGACCACAUUGCCGUUGUGAUCUUCCUGGAGAACCGCCAGACCGGUGCCCGUUUCAUCAGUGUCAACGCCCAUCUGUACUGGGAUCCCGCCUUUAAGGAUGUCAAGCUGAUCCAGACCGCCAUUCUCAUGGAGGAAAUCACCAAGCUCUCAGACAAGUACGCGAAAUGGCCCGCUUGUACUGAUAAGACCGCAUUCCGCUUCUCGGAGGCCGAAAGUGGCCCAGAGAACGCCCCCGUAGUGGAACCGGCUCCGUCAAUGGAGUACUCUAGUGGUGAUCAAAUCCCCGUUCUCAUGUGCGGUGAUUUCAACUCUUCCCCGGGAUCCGCGGCUUACAACCUGAUUUCUACUGGCCGACUGCCCGAAGAACACCCUGAUCUCGAGAAGCGACUGUACGGAAACCUCAGUAAGGUGGGAAUGACCCACCCCUUCAAGCUGAAGUCAGCCUACGGCUCUAUGGGUGAGCUCAGCUUCACCAACUACACCUCCGAUUUCACGGCCAUCCUGGAUUACGUCUGGUACUCUUCCAACACACUCCAUGUGUCGGCAUUGCUCGGCGAAGUUGACAAGGAAUACCUACGCCGUGUCCCCGGAUUCCCCAACUUCCACUUCCCCAGUGACCACGUAGCAUUGCUCGCGGAGUUUACGGUGAAGGGAAAGAAGGGCAAGGUGGUGGAGGCAGACUUCGGACCGCAACGGCACUAA